AUGUCUGCUGCCUCAAACGAUAACUCACACCAAAAGGCGAAAGAAAUUGGCUGGGCUUUCGUGCAGGAAUAUUACAAAUAUUUCAAUGAAAAACCAGAGGAAUUACAUCUUUUUUAUAAAAAAAAUUCCAGACUUAUCCGUGGCUUGGAGGGUGAGGAAGUUAAGGUUUGCAAAGGAAUUCAGGAGAUCAAAAAAAACAUAUCUGAUAUGCAGCUGAAAGAUGCACAUGUAAAUAUUACCAAUGUCGAUAGUUUAGAUUUAUUGGAUGCCAAAGUGCUUGUCCAAGUCACUGGUCGAUUUUCCAACAAAGAUGAAGCAUAUCGUAAAUUUGUUCAAACCAUUGUCCUUGACACGCAACCUGGAGGCUAUUAUGUGUUGGAACAUAUAUUUCGUAAUUUUAAGGAAGAAGCUGAUGAAGUCGUUAAGCAACAACAGACAGAUCAAGGAUCAACAUAUAUUGAUGAUGGUGUAUCUUCGAUAAUCGAAGAAAAGCUUAAUGGUGAAGAUUCAGUUUCUACUUUAUCAACAGGAACCCUCGCAGAAGAAUCAACUCAAGAGAUAAGUCGAGAUUCAAAAGUAGUUGAAGAAGCUGAUUCUAGCAUCCCAGCGAAAGUGGGUGUGCCAGAAGUUCCAGCAUUGCCGAAAUCUGAAACAGAAGAUAUACCUAGUUCUGUUACUGAAGAACCUGCGGAUAACGAAUCGAAAUCAAUAGAAUCUGGUCCGAGUGAGAAGGCUACACAAGUCACCGUGCAAACAAAGAUAUCUACUACCGCUGCACAGCUAACGUCACCGACACAAUCGCCAUCAAAAACCCAAACAUCUUCAUGGGCAUCUUUAGCUGCCAGUGGUAGUAGCAAAUGGGAUACUUCACAGCUCGCCGAACCUAGUAAGGGUCGGGUUAUCCCUGCAUCUCAAUUAACACGAACACAAUCUCAAACAUCAAAUACUCGAGAGGCUCCAAGAGAUCGGAAUUCUAAUCGAGAGUUUUCUCUUUAUGUUAAAGUUGGUAAUGAGCGAAUGAAUUAUGAAGCACUAAUGAGCGCAUUUAGUAACUUUGGACCUGUAAAAAAUCUUGAUGUUGUGCCCGCUAAAUCGUGUGCUUUUGUGGAAUUCCAAACUCAAGAUGCUUACCAGCGAGCACUCCAGCAAAGACAGAUUCCUGUUCCCGGUUUUGGAAACGAAACUGUUAUAGUUGAAGAACGACAAGAACGACGCAAGGACGAUAAUAGCCGAUAUCGCGGUCGACAGAGCUAUGACAACUAUCAACGCAAUUAUGGUCAAGCACCACACAAUGCACACAACGGAAUGAAUUCACAACGUGGAGGUAGAGGUGGUGAUAGGCGUAAUGUGCCUCGCCUUCCUGCUAAAUCACCUUCUUAA